AUGAACCCUAGCCAUUUUAGUCCAACCCUAGAAUCAAAUCCCACCUCGGGAUCCAGCCGCCGCCACCUCCGUGGCCACCUCGUUUUCAGCUCCACCCCAACCGGCAGCCACCAACCUCCACCACCGAUCCAUCCAUCUGGGACCGUCAGAUGGAGAUCUGAUGGCCUCCAGCCACCCGAGCGACCCACCUCUCCUCCCACAGUGCUCGAUCCAAUCUGGAUCGAGGCAAAUGCAGCGCAACCACCUUCGUCCAGCCAUCCGGCAGCUACACCGGCGAGCGUCGCCGCCGGAGUAGCACCACCACAACCCAGACCCGAGCAGCCCAGGAGCUCCCCAUCGUCGCCAUGGACGUCAAGGAAAGACCUCCUGCAGCCGGAUCCGGCCACCCCGACGCCUUGUACCUCCGGAUCCGAGAGAUCUUCCUGCCCCCGCUCCAUUCCCGGCCAGCACGCGAUGUCCAGCCCGCCGCCGCACCUGCGCUUGCAUCCCCAGCCAAAGAGACAGUGCAGCAAAUCUCUGUUUCAGGUUCAGUUUCGUCAGUUGCAGGUAAAGGUUACUUGACGCGAGCGCGUUGAUUG